AUGGCAGACGCAAAACCACCCUCGACCACCACAGUGGCAACACCACCCGCACAGCCAGCCCAAGCGGCUCCGGCUGCGGCACCGGCACCGGCACCGGCAACGCCAGCGCCAUCACCAGCGCCAGCCUCGACGACUGCCACGCCAAAACCGCCCCCGCGGCCCGUACCCACCUUCCUCAAGCCGCUCCAGUUCAUGGGCGUGCCCCGCGGCGUACUCACCUGGAAGCCCCGCCUGCCCUCGCGCAACUGGUCCAUCUUCCUCGUCACCGUCGGCACCCUCUCCUACCUCUACUACGACGACCGCAAGCAGUGCCGCCAGAUCCGCCGCGACUACUGCGACAAGGUCAGCCACCUCGCCCACGAGUCGAUGCGCACAAACGACUGGCCCAGAAAGGUCGUCGUAUACACCACAAAGAGCCCCGGCGACGACGACUACGACCAGGCACUCCGCUACUUUAAAAAGUACGUCAAGCCCAUCCUCGUCGCCGCCGCCGUCGACUGGGAGGUGACCAACGGCACAAAGCACGGCGGCCUCGCACGAGAGCUCCAGGCCCGCUUCCAGGAACGCCGCCGCAAGCUCCUCGGCCUCGAGCCCUGGGACGCCACCGCAUCGGACCCAAACAUGCCCCACAGCCCCUUUGCACUCACCCCGCAGCAGCAGCUCCAGCGCGAGAUUGACGGCGGCAUCGUCCUCGUCGGCAGACCGGCCCUCAAGGAGUGGGCAUGGGCGCUCAAAAACGGCUGGGGAACGCCGCUCGAGGUCGUCAAGCGCGACCGCGACCAGGAGAUUGCCGCCGAGCUCGCAGAGGACCACGCCUUUGACGAGCUGCCUGUCGGUGAAGACGAGCAGCAGCGGCAGCAGCAGCAGGGCGACGGCGGGCUGGCCGAUGCGGCCAGUCCCAAGCCCAAGACCGAGGCCGAGGUGCGCGCCGCCAAGAUGGACGCGCGCCUGCUCGAGCCGCCGGCGCAGAUCCCGGCGCAGCCGCCCAUCUGCUUUGUCGACUUCACCAACCUGGUCGGGUGGCGCAACAUCCCGCUGCGGAUGUACAACUUUUUCCGCGUGCGCGACAAGGUGCGCGCCGGCGCCGAGCUCGGACUGACGAUCGUGUACGGGACAAAGGAGACGGCGCGCGACUUCCAAGCCGGUCCUUCGCCAGCCUCAGCCUCGGCCGGGUUGGCUGGUGGUGGUGGCGAGGUGAGCGACGUUCCGCCGCAGGGGGGCGAUUUGGACUGGGGACUCGAGAGCGAAGAGCGGUACGCGCCCUACUUCCUCAAGACCGCAGACAACAUCGACGAGUCGCGCAGGGCGUACUACAAGGCGUUGCCGACGCACCUCAAGGAUGCGCGCGACCUCGCUCGGGGGGUGCGCGAACCGUCGAGGCUGGAACGCAACGAUCCGCCCAAGACGGAGGCGGAGCUGCGGGAGCAGAGGCUCAAGAAGGAGGUCGGGUGGCGCAACAACCUGAUGGGCUUCGACAUUAUUCGACCGGAGCGCGGCGUCGAGUGGGACGAGAGGUGGCGUGGAUCGAUCCGCGUUUUCACGCUCGACGACGAGAGGAGGAGGGUCAUUGAUGCCGAACAGCAAGAGAGGAGGGAGAGGCAGCAGAGGGAAGGGAGCAGCGGCGCUGUUAAGGGCAAGGGCAAGGGGGUGGAAGUGGAUGUGGUGGUGGAUGAAGAGUUGAAGGGUUCCAAACCGGCUCAGGUGGUCGAAGAGUCGCAGAGUAGGUGGUGGAAGCUCUUCUGA